AUGGCCUCAGAGUAUGAGCAGGCGGUUUUUGGAGUUAUAGCUUGGUUGAUAUGGAAAAACCGGAAUGCAUGUAGAUUUGGUGAGAAAGAAUCUUUUGGAGUGCAGGUAGUCAUCCAAGCAGAGGAAUGGGUGAGAAGCUACCAUAAAGCAAAUACCAGGUCAACAUCUAUAGCCUCUAACACAGGAUCCAACUCGGUUCCUUCAUUCAUUAAACACUCCACAGCUGUGCGUUGGUAUCCACCAGAACCUGGAAGCCUCAAGCUUAAUGUAGAUACUGCCUGUGAUCACCAGAAGGGUAAGGUGGGUCUAGGUGCAGUGGUAAGGGAUGAACAUGGCCAUAUGAAAGGAGCUGUGAUGCAUCAGUUGUGUGGGGGUCUGUCAGCACACGCAAGUGAGGCGUUGGCAGUACUAUUUGGUAUGAGAUACUGCCUAAUGGAGGGUUUCACGAAACUUGAAGUGGAGUCUGAUGCAUUGAACGUAAUUAAAGCAAUCAAUUGUGAUGAAUGUGACCUAAGCAUGGAGGGUGCAGUGUUUGAUGAAGUUAGGUGUCUCAAGUUUGCUUUUGCAGAGAUUAAUUGGAGGAAGGUUGCUAGAAGCAGUAAUAAGGUAGCCCACUGCCUUGCUAAAGAAGCUCUGCGCAGUGAUGGAAUCAAGUUCUGGAAGGAGGCUGGGCCACCUUGGCUAGUUGCUGCUGUACUAGAUGAAUUGUCUAAUUGA